UAUCAUCGACAAGUUUAACAAAGAAAAUGUUCGUAGCCGACAAGAUCAGUGUCAGAAUUCAUUUUCUACAGUCUAUAGAGAAACAAAUUAUCUGUCUGAAUCUGAUGUCUCCAGAUUCAGAACACGAAAAACAAGUUGAAUCCAAUUCAUUAAAAAUGUAACACUUAUGUCAUCAAAUAUAUUUUAGUAAACAACUAGCAAUACUUUUAACAUGUUAGUAUCCAGUACAUUCGUUAUUUUUCGCGGUCGAGAUAGGUCGCAUUCUAUCUUGUCGGUUACGAACAUUUUCUUUGUUAAACUCGUCGAUUAUAUUUUUUUUAUUAUUAAUUGAUUUUACACCCAAUUUUCAAAUUAUUUUUGGAAUUAUUAAUUAAGGUUAGUAUCUCCAGGUGUUUUUACGUCAGGUGAUAUCUUAAUUAUGCCUCCAAAAAAAGGAGGAACAGGUGCAAAUAAACAAAGGCAACAUUUAUUUGAUUCACAACAAGGUCAAACAGCAGUACCUGAUGUUGGAGGAACAAUGGC